CUUUUGACUGUCGGCAAAUGGUGAUGACUUCGUCGAGACGUCUUUGAGGACGCAAUCGAACAGGAAAAGGGAACACUCCGUACAUUUUCGCAUUUUCGUCCAUUAUUGGCCGCCGAUGGCCAGCAUCACGCAGCGUCAUCAUGAAACCCUCGCAAUGCCUCUUCAACAGCCACGUCGCCCUGUACAGGGUCUUCGUCGCUCCCUUCCAAUCCUUCGAGACGACGACUAGGCUAGGCCUCCCUCGAAGAGGCUUCGUACUCGCCUCGAGUCCAUCCUUCCGAAACCAUAUUGUCAGCCCGUCAGCACCAUGGGGGCCCCUUUCAGCUGCCGCCACAGUGGGCAUGGGCACGCCAUUCCGACCCUUCUCUCCGUCCUCCCGCAGCAUACACACGACCGUGCCACGUCCCGCGCCACCCCGCGGCAGUGCACAACCCGACCGACUCCCGAUCGACCUCGAAAUCCGGGACAGACGAAUCAUGCUCAUGGACGACCGCAACAACGUCACCGGGCCCUUCGCCACGGCGCAGAUCCUGCGGCGGAUGGACCACAAGACCGAAAUGCUCAAGAUGAUCACCGCGGCCGCGAAACCCGCGGAGAAGAAACCCGGCAGCGGCAGCAGCAACCCCCCGGGCAACACGGGCGAGGAAGGCAAGGACAACAGGAAGCCGGCGGGCCCGCCCAUCGCGGUCUGCAAGAUCGUCGACCGGGCGGAGGAGAGGCGGCGGGACGCGCAGCGGGAGAAGGAGCGCAAGGCGAAGGCGAGGCAGGCGGCCAAGUCGAAGCAGAAGGAGGUGGAGGUCGGGUGGGCUAUCGCGGCGCAUGACCUGGACAUCAAGCUUGGGCGGGCCCGCGGGUUCUUGGAGAAGGGGCACAAGGUGGACCUCGUGGUGGCAAGGAAGAAGGGGGCCCGGGCCGCGGAGAGGGCCGAGAUGGAGGAGUUGGUGAAGAACGUGCGUGAGAUGGUGGCGGCCAUUCCCGGGGUGAAGGAGCGGAAGGCAUCUGAGGGGGAGUUGGGGAAGACGAUGCGGUUUUAUUUCGAGGGGCAGGUCCCUAAGGAGUGAUUUCUAUUGUAGAUUCGACGAAAGAAAGAUAAGAUGGAUAGACGGAAUGUACUCUACUGUAUUAUAUGUUCAU